UCCUCGUCGCCAGUGUCCGUCUGACAGCCUUAGUGUACGUGUGGCCAGGUCGAACGUCCUCCAAUUUCAUGCCGUACCAAAUCGAUUCGGAACCAGAUAUGGAGGAGGAGGAUCUCCGUAUCAGUGUGGUGGACGUUUAUGACUUGGCCUCGGAGAUUGGCAAGGAGUUCGAGAAGAUAAUAGACAAAAAUGGAGCAGAUGCGGUGACUGGGCUCAUGCCUAGGGUGAUCAGCGCCCUCGAACAGCUGGAGAAGUUGGCAACGCGACACGAAUCCACGUCCUCGUACAUCCAGGAACUGAGGGCGACCAUCACCCACCUCGAGAAUGAGAAGAUCGGCAAGGCAGAGGACCGGCAGCGCUACGAGAAGGUAUGUUGUGCGCGUCCGGUGACCAUGCCCAGGAAAUACUGAGCCUAGGUAAUGUAAACUACGCCUAAACUACUCUUGUGAUUUAUUGUAAUGCUGCAGGGUGUCGAAUUAUAUUAUUUAUUUUUUAUUUUUUAUUUAGUAUCUAGUAAUUAUUUAGUAAUUACAUCAUUUAUUUUUUAUUUAUUUAUUUAUUUAUUUAUCUAUUGAUCACGAAUUCGUAAUUUUGGAAGGCUUAACAUUUUAUAUGCUGGUUUGAGCGCUCAAUGUUAUUUUGGUAAUGGGAAAGAUUAACAAAAGGCUUUAGAUGGAUAGUUGGUAAGAGAUAAUGAUGAUAAUUAUGUAGAGUAUGAGAUGAGAAGAAGAGUGAGAAAUGAGAAAAGAAAGGUACAGAUUGAAAAAAAGUCACAAUGGUAAGAAAUGACAGUAAGAACACAUUUAAAAAUCGGCAAAGGUGAUAGUCGUGAACGGGGCAC